AUGGCAGCGGAAAAUGGGGACGCGGCAGAAAUCAGGGUAAACAUGGGGGCAGAAAAUGCGGGGACAGGUACGGGGGACGCAUCCGCAUCUGCCACGGGGGAUGGGUCGUCGUCCACCUCCCCCAAAAUCGGGGCCCCCUGGACAUCUUCGACCGAUCACUGGAUCGAACUUUGGGAAGAUCUCACAGAAAACGCCCCAAUUCAAAACGUGGUUUCUUCUGAGGUGGAUAUCUCCCCAGGGAAUGCGAAAUAUCCGGAAUUGGACAACUUGUUCAAACUGCACGAGACGAUAGGACACGGUGGCUUCUCGAAGGUCAAAGUCGCCACGGAUUUAUUCACCGGGGGGAAAGUCGCGAUUAAAAUUGUGAACAAGGAAAAAGUCGGGUCAGAGUUGCAUCGAAUCGAUUUGGAGAUGGAGACCCAUCAGCCUCUCAGACAUCCCCACAUUUGCAAACUUUAUAGCGUUUUCGUCUCUAAAAUUAACAUCUUUAUGAUCAUGGAGUACUGCCCGACCGACCUGUACGAACAUAUCGUGAAACAAGACGACAUUUUGCCGUUGGAUGAAUCGCGUCGAAUCUUUAUCCAACUCAUCGCCGCCGUCGCGUACCUCCACUCGAACGGGAUUGUACAUCGAGAUUUGAAACCGGAGAAUGUCCUCCUGGAUGGAAAAAUGGACGUGAAAUUGGCCGACUUUGGGCUGUGUGCGGUCCCCGGUAAAACCGGGAUUAAUAAGGCAACCUUAUCAACUUUAUGUGGAAGUCCGGCCUACUGUGCCCCAGAAUUAUUAAGAGAGCCACCCUACAUCGGAAGCAAGGUGGACGUUUGGUCUCUUGGCAUCAUGCUUUUCGUCCUGGUGGCCAAGGAGCUCCCAUUUUACUCCAAAAACGUGAAGACUCUCUACCAAAAGAUCAAAGAGGGCACCUACAAAACUCCGGAUUGGGUAUCGGAAAAUGCCAAAGAUUUGAUUGAUCUCAUGCUGCAGCCAAAUGUCAGCUUGCGACCUUCUCUCCAUGCUUUGUGGUCCCAUCCCUGGGUUCAAGAAGGCCAUCUCGACCCAUUCAGCGAACAAAUCCGACAAAGUGAGAUGGAAGAGGAGGAAUCAAAACCGUUGUUAUUCUCAAAAGAGAAGAGUAUGGACGAUGAUGACGAAGGUGACGUAAUGAGGACCCCGUCCCCUCAAAAUGGGGAAGAGCAGGAGAACGUCGUAGCUUAUGUAGAAACUUAUCCCCCGGGAGACGACGGUGAUAAGAUGAAGUUUGGAGACAAUGCGGGGAAAGAAACGGGGAGAAAAAGCCUGAGAAAUGUGUUCACUUGGAUUCAUCACGCAUUUAUCAAGACGACAGAUACCGUGAGGAAAUGCAUGCCAUCGCUUCGAUGCGGAAAUCGGACCGAUGUUGGGACAAUGGACAAACCUAAAUUUGAUGGAUCUUCUACAGAAAAGAGGAAUAACGGGCUGGAGGAGACAUCCGUAGAAAACUGGGAUGACGGUGCCGGAGAGAAAGUACAACCUGGAGGAGGAGAAAGCAAGUGAGCAAUGGUCUGAUGUAUGUAAAUCUGAAAAAAUGAGGUGACCUGUCCAGUCCUCCCCAAAAAGUGGACGUUUGAAUGAAAUCCCUUCUCAUCCUCGUGUCAAAAAUGUGUCCAACGCGUCAGUCAUCUCAUCUCAUCUGCAAAAUAAUGCAUGUCGAGCUUUCUUUCCUCUACAUUUCAUAGAAAAUCCGAAAAUGUUGAGACGAUGGGAAGCAACGCAACACAGAGACAAAUCUGGAACGCAAGUACAGUAAAUCCCAGCAGAAAGCAAACAAAUGUAAAUUGUGCGAGCUAAAUUUGUUGUAACAAAAUAA